AUGCACUACACCACCCGCAGUCCUGCUUUUACCAGGCUGCAGCCGCGGCACAUCGAGUAUUUCAGCAGUGUUCUCAAUCAAACAUGCUCCCAAAACCAAAAAAUGGGCAGGAUAUUAACGCAUCCCGAUAAAAUUGCGCCGUUUAACAAGGAUUGGAUGGGUCAAGUGGAGGGAGAGUGCCCAGCAGUGCUUUUUCCAACAUCGACACGGCACGUGGCGGCCAUUCUGCAUUACUGCCAAGAGGAGAAGAUUGCAGUGGUGCCUCAGUGCGGAAACACUGGGUUGGUAUACGGCUCCUCCGCACUUCAUGAUGAGAUUAUUCUCAGUCUACAGGAAAUGAACACCACGCCUAUCGUUUCGCCAGAAACGAUGUCCGCUGAAGCGGAUGCGGGUGUCGUUUUGCAGCACCUGCAAGAGGCAGCGAAGGAGCAUAGCCUUCUUGUGCCGCUCAACAUGGGCUCCAAAGGAAGCGCACAGAUUGGUGGCACCGUGAGCACCAAUGCUGGCGGUAUCCACUUUGCUCGCUACGGGUCGAUGCACGCAAAUGUGCUUGGUCUUGAGGUGGUCACGGCCAAAGGUGAGGUGCUAGACAUGAUGUCCACCCUCCGCAAAGAUAACGCGGGGUAUGACAUGAAGCACCUCUUCAUUGGAAGUGAAGGUACACUCGGCGUUGUGACGCGUGCCAGCCUAAAGCUCUACCCAUUUCCGCGUUCAGCCCAGUUGGCGUUGUUUCACCUUGCAACGUUUGACGCAGUGCUGGAGCUGUACCGCCUGGCGCAAGAACAUCUGGCUGAGUGCCUCUCCGCCUUUGAGGUGAUGGACGGCGAGUCUCUCACCACCACACCACAGGAAGAUCUGCCCUUCACCAAGACAAACAAAAACGACGCUUUCAGCAGUGGCCGGGACUACAGCAGCGCCUACUUUUGCGUUCUGGUGGAGACAAACGGCAGCAACGUUGAGCAUGACAUUGAGAAGCUUGCUCAGUUCAUGGAAGCUGUAGAGGGCAACCUGCUUUUUGUGUCGAAAAACAGCAAAGGUGAGUCAUUUGAGCCCAUUCUCUCGCAGUCACUGGCACAAACAGAAGAACUAUGGAAGGUGCGCGAGAGCACACCUGUACGACUUGCCAGUGCCGGAACUACGUNCAAGUUUGACGUCAGCUUCCCCCUCGAUAAGUUCUACACUAUAGUGGAGUACUUCCGCGAGCUGCUAUACAAGGACGGGAAGUUUAACCCCGAGGAGGUGCUGGUUGUGGGCUAUGGUCACUUUGGGGAUGGAAAUAUCCACCUCAACAUAGUGGAUCGCACGCGAAGACAGAGUGAUGCGCUGGACGCUAUGCUGUUCCCGGCUGUGUACGAGUUCUGUGCAGCACACUCCGGUUCUAUAUCCGCAGAACACGGGGUUGGGGUGCAGAAGAAGGCCUAUCUCGGACUGUCCCGAAGGCCGGAAGUCAUCACCUUGAUGCGAGGCGUAAAGAAUAUGAUGGACCCAAACGGUAUCCUCAAUCCUUACAAGGUGCUCGAAUAA